UUCUUACGUCAAGCCGGCCGGGAAGCUGCUGAGUUUGGGUUUUGAACGGAAGGAGCGAGCGGGAGUGUGUUACCGUACUUUUGGUUCAAUCAUAAAAGGAGUUUUGAGGCACCUCGAUGGCGACAGACAUUGUUGCACAGUUGGCUGACUCACUGGCCAAGACUGCAGUCGAAGAUGGAGAGCUGAGUUACAAAGGCCAGGGAAGAAAACUGGAUGAUGCCCAGUCAGUGGAGGAUAUGGUGAAGGAGAUCCAGGAAUUUGAGGGCCUUCAGGCUCUCAGACUGGAGGGAAACACAAUUGGUGUGGCAGCAGCACAGGCUAUCGCUAAGGCUCUGGAGACGAAGAGCGACUUCAAGCGCUGUUACUGGAGUGAUAUGUUUACUGGUCGACUGCGCUCUGAAAUCCCUCCUGCCCUGAAUUCACUGGGUGAUGCUCUGAUGCUGGCAGGUGCCAGGCUGACUGUUCUAGACCUCAGUGACAACGCUUUUGGACCAGAUGGCGUUAAGGGCAUUGAGAAGCUGCUAAAGAGCGUCGCCUGCUACACGUUGCAAGAACUUCGUCUCAAUAACUGCGGCAUGGGCAUUGGAGGCGGCAAGAUUUUGGCCGCUUCGUUGAGUCAGUGUUUUCAAAAGUCCAGUGCAGAGAAAACCCCCCUCAGCUUGAAGGUGUUUGUUGCAGGAAGGAACCGACUGGAAAAUGACGGAGCCACUGCACUCGCUCAGGCCUUCCAGCUGAUGGGCAGCCUGGAGGAGGUUCACAUGCCCCAGAAUGGCAUCAACCACCCUGGGGUGACGGCGCUGGCUUCAGCCAUGCAGCACAACCCAGGACUCCGAAUCCUAAACCUCAAUGACAACACCUUUACUGAGAAGGGGGCCAURGCCAUGGCUCAGGCACUGAAACACCUCCGAAACAUCCAGGUGAUCAACUUCGGAGACUGUCUGGUUCGGCCAGAAGGCGCUAAAGCUAUCGCUGAAACUGUGUCAGAGGGGCUGCCAAUUCUCAAGGAGCUGAAUCUGUCGUAUGGUGAGAUCACAGCAGAAGCAGCUCUGGCUGUCGUACAGGCGGUGAAGAACAAGGACCAGCUGGAAAAACUGGACCUGAACGGGAACUGUCUAGGAGAUGAUGGCUGCAAAGCUCUGAAAGACGCCAUGGAGGAGAUGAACAUGGACGAGUUUCUAGGAUCACUCAGUGAUGAUGAGGGCGAGCCGGAAGAUGACGAUGAUGAUUAUGAAGACGAGGAUGAUGAUGAAGAUGACAAGGAUGAAGAAGAUGUGGAUGAAGAUGAUGAUGAUGAGGAGGAGGAGGAAGAUGAGGAGGAUGAAGAAGACGAGGAAGAAGACAAGGGAGAGGAAAGCAGCCAGAACCAGCUGUCRACUCCAACAGCACCUCCUCGGCCACCCGACGUCUCUUCAUUCCUUUGCUUUCCAUCUCCAGACAAGCUGCUCAAACUGGGAGCCAAGAGAGCCCUGCUGGUCCAACAGCAGGUGGACAUUACAGAUGCAGCAAAAACAGCUGAAGCCUUCCUAAAAAUUGCAUCUGUGUACAAGGAGGAAAACAGUGAUGUGAAGUACGCCGUGUUGGACACUAUUGAUGGUCUUCUGAAUAAAGCGUUCAGCUCUCCUUCCUUUCAAAGCUACAGUUUUGUAUCGUCUUUGUUAGUGCUGCUCGGAUUUAUCAAGAGCGAGGACAAGGUCAAGCCCGUGCUAGUGGUCCCGGGCCACCUCCAGGCCUUGGAGCACAUUGUCCGGCAGGACUACUUCCCCAAAGAGAGCGUGGCUGUGCUGGAGGCGUUCGUGACCCGGAACAUCAGGUCUUUGGAGUCAUGUGGAAACGCUCGAAACAGCCUCCAGUCGACGCUGCAGAGAGUCCGAUCUCAGAGCUGAGGCGGUGCUCUCUCUUUGGACUUUAAUCACUCAUGGACCUUUUUGAAAAGCAGCGCACGCAAAACAUAUUUUAAAAGAAAAAAAUGAACAAAACCACCUUUUAAGAAGAAAGUCUUCACUGUAGCUGGGUUUUUUGGUUUCACCACUGUCUGUUAGAUAUUUUAUUUUUUUGGACUUGAAUGCUUUGUAUUUGAAGUAAAACGUUUUUCUGUGGAAGCUGGAAGCUCUUUUGUGUACAGGACUGCUCUGACAAACAGAAUCUGAAGAAUAUGACACCAAACUGCUCUAAUCACAGGAUAUUCUGGACUCCUCAACUAUUUUAUUUCUAUUCUCAAUUUAUAUAACUUUUUACUAAAGUCUCAAAAGGAGUAAAUAUGGUCAAAAUAUCUACUGACCAAAUAAUUGUACAAACAUACAACUGAAGUGUAUUUUUGCCUUUUUGUGGCACAGGGUGUAACGUUUUUAGGAUUUAAUUUGCAAAAUAAAAGUUUAAAAUGUCUGA